AUGCAUGACAUUUUCAAUAUCGGGAAUUCAUGCAAAUCUGAUGUCCUAUUUGGAGGUAAGGUUUUCAUUUUUGGUGGUGACUUUCGACAAAUAUUACCUGUUGUUCCAAAUGGUGGAUGGCUAGAGAUCGUGAAUGCCUCAUUAUGUUCGUCGUAUUUGUGGAGAAAAUGUAAGUUGCUGAGGUUAAUUAGAAACAUGAGGUUAACCAUUGGAAGAUCUACAUUGGAAAUUCAAGAGAUUAAUAAUUUUGCGAAAUGGCUUUUGGAUGUGGGUGAGGGAAACGUUCGUGGUUCGAAUGAUGGAGAAGCAACAAUCGAAAUAUCACCGGAUCUUCUAAUUGACAGCUCAUCUGACCCAAUUUCUAGCCUAAUUGAUUGUGUUUAUCCGUCAAUCUUGGACAACUACAAUGAUCGUAAUUACUUUAGAGAUAAGGCUAUACUUGCGCCUAAGAAUGAGGUUGUCCACGAGAUUAAUGACAGAUUGUUUUCGCUAUUCCCAGGUGAUGAAAAAGAGUAUCUUAGUUCUGACAGUCUUUGCCUUACUGAAGAUGCAAAUCCUACACAACAAAGAAUAUACUCACCAGAUGUGCUCAAUGGUCUUAAAGUAUCUGACUUACCAAAUCAUAGGUUAGUGCUUAAAGUUGGUUUUCCAGUAAUGCUAUUACGAAAUAUUAACCAACGAAAUGGUUUCUGUAACGGUACAAGGUUAAAGGUUACAAAACUUUAA